AUGGCGAAGCUUUACCGAGGCUGGAGAGGUCAUGAUCCGGCUUUUGACCCCAGCAGGUUGGUGUUGGGACCGAGGUGUGCUGGCGAAAGUGCCGUACAGUCGAGUUUGGACGGGAAAACCUUCUGCGAGACAAAGUCUUCUGUCAAGUCGAGUUGGCUCUUUCAGGUUGUUUGUUCUCGAUCCAGACGAGUUAUGGACGAGUCUGUCCAUGACGCGUCACUUGCAUUCCAGAUCGCUUGCCAUGCACCUCAAAAAAGCCCGACCCAUCCACGUCGCGGAACACCGCGACCGAUUUGGACACGGAACACGGAAAACAGACCUGUACCACUGCGCUACAUGGACAGCACACAAAUUGGCGUUGCCCAUUUAAUCGUGCAAAUUAAUGAAUUAUAUUGUCGGGCAUAUUUCAUGUUUAGCCAUUUUGAUGUGCAACCCAACUUGAUACAAGAGAAUAUGGCCAUUUGUGUAGUCCAUCCAAGUCGACUGACACUCGGCUCGAAAGUGAAUCAGCCAAAAAGUGGACAGACCUAA